CAGUUUUGGGAGAUCCUCAGCAGUACCGUCCAAAGUUUACAACGCCCUCAUCGCUAAAAAUCAACAUCCAGCAACAGGUCCGAAAUUGAAAAAAUAUAUAUUUGAUAUUCAAUUGGAAACAUGGCCAACAGGAAAGUUCAUCGUCUUGGUCUUGAUGAAGAUAUCGUAACCCGGCUCACUCGGCAUAAGAUAUUCACAUGUCAGGAUCUGCUGACAAAAAACCGACUAGAACUGCUGAGGAUAUUUAAUACCCCUGAACCAAGAAUUAGAGAAGCAACAAUGAAAGCAAGCAAAGUCUGUGCUCCUACUAGUAAAAAGGCGCUGCAGCUAUGUGAGAGAGGUCCGGAUUCUUGUCCUGGUAUUCUCCCAACAUCUCUUAGAAUACUUGACCAACUAUUACAUGGAGGAUUACUAUCAGGCACUAUUACAGAGAUAGCUGGACCUCCUGGGUGCGGGAAGACUCAAUUGUGUAUGAUGCUGAGCGUCUUGGCUACUCUACCAGUCGGUAUGGGAGGAUUGAAUGGAAGUGUUAUGUAUAUUGAUACUGAAUCGGCAUUCAGUGCAGAAAGGCUUGUUGAGAUUGCUCAGUGUCGUUUUCCAGACUAUUUCUCAUCUGAAGAGACCUUGAUGAACCUAGUGGAGAAGGUCCAUAUAUCUAUGGAAUCUACAUGCUCUGACUUAUUACACAGGUUAGAAAUAUUAGAAGAAGAUCUUAUAGAGAAAGGGAUACGUCUUGUGAUUUUAGACUCGGUUGCCUCAUUGGUCAGGAAAGAAUUUGAUGGAAGAGUCGGCCGAAACAUGGUGGAGAGAACAAAUUUAUUAUCCAAACAGGCAGCCAUCUUGAAGUACCUGGCUGAGGAGUUUUCAAUACCACUUCCCACCCACCCACACACAUUUUUCUCUGUCACUUUGCCACGACACCAUCUCUCCCUCUUAUAUUGGUCUGAUGAGGCUGCUUGAUCACAGACAAGAACCCUGGUAAUGCAAGAGAGAAACUCCCAAUUUUUCAUGCAAUUAUGAGUUUGUCAUCGUCGGGAUCAGCUGGCCGUCGCGGCCCCUCGCCGCUCAAACCACCUGUUUUAUUUCGCCAACACAAGAAGAGGGUGCUGCCAGCUAGGGCUGGGGAGCUGGGCAAUGCGUCUACCACAUACACGGAGGGGGAAUGACGUUUUUCGGCACAAUCUAAUUGGAUCGAGUUUCUUUAAUAUGAUCGGAGCGAUGAUGGAGAUCACGAAUGGGACUGUAGGAGAGGAUUGGGAUCUUGACAGUCAAGCGAGGGAGGCAUUUAAUGUAAUCAAGGAACGCUUCCAAUUCAAGGGGCUUUUCCUCUCAACGCCUUAGCAAGAGAGGUUCUUGGUAUCUAGGGAGGGAGCGUUCACGCUUUCUUCUCAAUCAUCAUCUAAGUUGAUUUACAUAAUCAAAUGUAAAAGCACCCUUUCAUGACAGAAUAUUCAUUAUGGUGAAAAACAAUAUUUAGUUUCAUGAGAUAUCAAGUAAUCCAAACUGAUAUAGGUCGUAUUCCUACUUUACACAUGUAUAUCUUCAUAUAAGAUUUUAUUUCACUUUUUAUCCUGGCAGUGAUUCGCUAUAUAGUUCUUUAGAUUUAUUAAGCAUUUAUGUUUUAGGUCUAUCAGCUGAUGAUAAUUAAUCUAUGUGAGAUGCUUAUAUUGUUGUGAAUAGUUCAUGUCCAGUUUGAUUUGGUUUUGAUAUUAUUUCUGACAAAAAAUCUUGAUAUUAAGCUACCUCUUUAAUAAUCCUGAGAUAUUGAAACAGUUUGUGAUUUGUAGACUGUUUGGUGUCAAGGGCAAGUUUGACAUAUUAGAU